UGCCUAUGCUUAUGGGGCAUACAUAGAAUCAUUGCUGAAUUAUGGACCUGCCACUAAAUGUUCUCACUUGUCGACUGUUUUGUGGUGCAGCGAUACGGUAAAAAAAAAAAAUAAACGACACAGAAAAUCAGAACAAGGGUCUCGUGGAAAGACGGAAAUUCUUGCUCCAAAUAAACCUGUGGACCCUAUUGGGCAUCUUCAUACAGAUGUGUUUAAUUAGGACAAGCUGCUGAUUAAUGGAGUUAAGGUGAGAGUGCGCUAAGUGAAAUCUCGUGAUAACUUCUGUCUAAUGGAUCCAUCGGGUUACUAUACUAUACACAUUGAGAAGGCCAAUCUUUUAGACAAACGUGUUAAAAUCAGUCCGGGUAUAUUGCUAGCACACGCUUAAGCACUCUCAAAAACUACGGCUAAAUACAACCUGUGACGCGUGUAGGAGUCAAAGCAAUCACUAUGCACAGCAGUGUACACGGUUAAACAUUGGACAAUAUUAUAUUGAGUCAGCUGCUAAAAAGAAUUAUCCGAGGGUUUGUUAAUAACAAAGCUUCUAAUUGCGAUCGAAAGCUCAACACCUUCAGUUUCAAACAUUUUAAUAUGUACUAGCGCGAUUCACUUCGCUCCUAACGUCACUCAGUUGAAAUAUAUAUUGGAAUGGUGAUAAAAUUUAAGUUUUGUUAAGAUCUUUUUUUCUAAUGUCAAUUCCUAAUAGGGGUAGAAGCAUGAUGUAAAGAAAACAAGGUGUGCUCCCUAGGCAGACACGUUUUUGACUCGCUCUGCGCAUCCCAUUUUUCGGCCAUAUUGCAAUAUGGCGGCGUAAUGUUUACGUGUUGGUGUUUAGCAGAAGAUUGAAAUUUUGUGUCAAGAAUUCAAAAAAAUGCCAUCCUGUUCUAUAAAAUCUUGUCGAAAUUGGAAUGGAAACACGACGAAGAAAGGAAUAAAAUUUUACAGAUUUCCUGCAGAUGCGAGAAUUGCUGAGAUUUGGAUAAAAGCUUGCGAAAAUGAAAAAAUUAACCUCAAAAAUGCUCGUAUCUGUUCCAUUCACUUUGCUGAAGAUUGUUUUGAGCGAAAGCCAAACCAUUUAAUAGUACCAGGAGAUACAAACACUGUUCGACUGUCCAAAACUGCUAUUCCAACUCUAAAUUUACACAACGAUGACAGUGCAAGUUUCUUACAAAAAUAUCUUAGAUGUGGAAGAAAACGAAAAGUACUGCAAGACUGUAUCAAUGAACCUCUGUUGAAGAAGUCAACAAAUAAUUCGAAAAGUUUUACACUAGCCAACCCUGUGAAUGACAAAGAAAAUGUUGGCUGUGCUGUUCAAGAUAAUUUUGAAAAACAAACUGACAGUAUUGUAAGCUUUACUUCAGAAGAACCAGCACUAGAGGACCAGUGCUUGACGGAGUUACAAUCGCAUGAGCAAACACAUAAUUGUGAAGUGACACGCUUACAAGAAGAAAAUACAAACCUUCAAGCAGGCAAUAAUGGAUUAAAAUUAGUGAACAAUUUUUUAAAAACACAAAACAAUGAUUUGAAAAUUCAAAAUGAAGAGUUAGAAAAUAGAUGCACUGCCUUAGAUAUGGAAAAUAAAACAAUGAAAAAAGAAAUAAAUAAACUAAACAAGAAAUUACGUUUACAACAAAAAGCUGAACAACAAGCUGUAAAGAAAAAAAUAUACGAGAUUGUCACUCCUGUUUUUACAAUGGGACAAAUAAAAAAGCUAUUGCAUCCGACGCAGAAACGUGUGAAAUGGAGCAUUGCUGAUAUUUCCUCAGCAAUAGCCCUAAGAAGUGUCUCGCCAAAAGGUUACAGGUAUUUAAGGAAAAAAAAUUUUCCCUUACCUGCUUUAUCUACUCUCAGAAAGCGAGCUUCCAGUAUAGAUAUGAGUCCAGGAAUCCUACAAUCAGUAUUGUCUGUCAUGAAAACUAAUGGUGAAGGUGAACCAACCGUUGAUAAGCUAUGUGUGCUCUCCUUCGAUGAAGUUUAUAUCUCCCAGAAAAUUGAAAUUGAUCGGAAAGAAGAACAAAAAGUCGGUCCACACAAAACUGUUCAAUUUGGAAUGAUCAGAGGAUUAUUCAAACGGUGGAAGCAGCCAAUUUAUUACGAUUAUGAUCAGCCUCUUACUUCAGAAAUUAUUACUGAAACAAUUGGUAAAUUAUAAGAUGCUGGUUACACUGUUGUUGCUGUCACAACUGACCUUGGUCCUACAAAUAAUGCCGUAUGGAAUCAGUUUAACAUAGGGAUUACUGAUGAUAAGGAUUGUUUUUUCUCUCAUCCUCGAGAUGCUCAACUGAAAGUGUUUGUUUUCGCUGACCCACCACAUUUAAUCAAAUUGAUAAGGAACCAUUUUAUUGACUCUGGUUUUUAUUUCAACGGAACAUUACUGAAUAAACAAUGUCUUGAAGAAUUGUUAAAGCUGAAUCAGAAUGACUUAAAAAUUCCCUACAAGAUAGAACAGAAGCACUUGGACGCAAGUGGUUCUGAGCGACAAAAAGUAUCAUUGGCUGCUCAAGUGUUCUCUAAUAAUACAGCUGAAUCAGUAAGAUGGUUUGGUUUGAACGGAUUUUUGUCGUGUCACAAUUACAAUGAAUGUGCUGAUUUUUUUAAAGCAACCAAUGAUUGGUUUGAUUUGUUCAACAGUAAAACUAAGCUUAAUAAGACAGUGGAAUCAAGUGCCUACGGUAUAGACUUAGAGAGACAAAACGAAGUUCUUAGAAUUAUGAAUAAUUAUAUGCAGAAUAUCCAGGUUGCAAAUCACAAGAACGUUUUACCGUUU